AAUUUUUAACAGAGUGACAACGAGGGCAUUUCUGUUUGGAAAAGCGCCACUUGGGGCCUUUUCUCCCUAAAUACAUAGGGCGAAAUCACGAGACUAAAUAUCAAGUUUUAGGUACUAGUGAUAGUUUGAAGAAGAAGAAGAUGGUGGUGAUUGUGUACGCCUCGCAAACAGGAAACGCCAUGGAUGCAGCUGAAAGAAUAGGCCGCGAAGCUGAGCGGAGAGGCUGCCCCGCCGCCCUCGUCUCCAUCGAUGAAUUCGAUGCCACUUCAUUACCACGCGAGGAGAAUGUGAUUUUCGUGGUUUCCACUACGGGCCAGGGUGACACACCAGAUCCGAUGAAGGCGUUUUGGAAACAUCUACUGCAAAGGAGUCUGAACCCUAAUUGGCUGAAAGGAGUUCGUUAUGCUGUAUUUGGAUUGGGCGAUUCGGGUUAUCAGAAGUACAAUUUUGUUGCGAAGAAGCUUGAUAAAAGACUACGUGAUCUUGGGGCAGUAGCCAUCGUUGAAAGAGGUCUUGGAGAUGAUCAGCAUCCUUCAGGGUAUGAAGGUGCUCUAGAUCCUUGGAUGUCUUCUUUGUGGAAUGCUUUGUAUCAGUACAAUCCGGAUUUACUACCAAGAGGUCCAAAUAUUACGAUGGCAUAUGCAGAUCUGAUGGAUCAACCCAAAUUCAAAAUCAUUUAUCACGAAACAGAUAACUUGCAUUCACAGUUUUCAACAGUGUCGGAUUUGGAGUCCCUUAAAAUGAAAAUUGGGGGAGCUCGAUCUAUGUGCCCUGGUAAAUUUUCUCAUGAGAAGACCAGGCCUGACUACUUCUUAAAAGUGAUAAAUAAUUAUUCACUAUGUGAAGAUGGUUCUGAGACAGAUGUGCGCCACUUGGAAUUUGAAGCUAUAUCAUCUUCCAUCUACUAUCACGUUGGUGAUGUUCUUGAGGUUCUUCCUGAACAGAGUCCUGUUGCAGUAGAUGCAUUUCUUAAGCUUUGUAAUAUGGAUCCUGAAUUAUACAUAACGAUUCACCAUAGAGAUAAGGGAGAUGAGAUCCCGAAGGUACCUGUAAGAUUAAAAGAUUUUGUCAAGUUCAAUAUGGACGUUGCAUCAGCAUCCCCUAGACGCUAUCUUUUUGAGGUAAUGAGCUUUUUCGCUGCUGCCCCACAUGAGAAGGAAAGACUGCAGUAUUUUGCCUCAGCAGAAGGCAGAGAUGAUUUAUAUGAAUACAAUCAAAAGGAACGGAGAACUGUAUUAGAGGUGUUGGAGGACUUCCCGUCUGUAGAAAUGCCUUUUGAAUGGUUAGUUCAGCUGGUUCCUCAAUUGAAAACAAGGGCUUUCUCCAUUUCUUCCUCGUGUUCAGCACAUCCCAACCAAGUACACUUGACUGUUAAAACUGUUUCUUGGACUACACCUUUUAAGAGGAAGCGAGUUGGCCUCUGCUCAUCAUGGCUUGCUGGACUCAACCCUGAGCAAGGAGUCAAGAUUCCAGUGUGGUUCAGUAAAGGUUCACUCCCAUCUCCACCACCAUCACUUCCUCUCAUUCUUGUUGGACCUGGAACUGGUUGUGCACCUUUUCGUGGAUUUGUGGAGGAAAGAGCAUUGCAAAGUAAAUCUGGUCCAACUGCUCCAGUUCUUUUCUUCUUUGGUUGUCGAAAUGAAAAGCUUGACUUCUUAUAUAAAACAUUUUGGACUUGUCAUUCAAAAAGUCAGGGAGUACUUUCAGAAGAGUUGGGUGGAGGGUUUUAUGCUGCGUUUUCAAGGGACCAAGCAAAGAAGGUUUAUGUGCAACAUAAAAUGCAGGAACAGAGCACAAGGAUAUGGAACUUGCUUAGUGAGGGGGCAGCUAUUUAUGUUGCAGGGUCUUCAGAAAAAAUGCCCACAGAUGUACGCUCAUCCUUUGAGGAAAUAAUUUGCAAAGAAAGUGGGGUUUCAAGUGAAGCUUCUGCAAGGUGGCUUAGGGAAUUGGAGAAGGCUGGAAAUUACCAUGUGGAAGCAUGGUCUUAGGGUGUUGAUAUUUCUUUCAACUCGCGGCCACAGUGGAUCAGAUGCUUCUGAUCUAAGAGCGGAAGCAAGGGAGAAUUGCAAUGUGAUCUUCUAGGUCAAGAGAAAAGGACAGUGGGUGUAGGUUAUGGAUGCAUGCAUAUUCGGGGUUUAGUAGACAAGUAGCUUGGACUGUUGUGAUGAUAAUUUGGGUCUAGAGAGGCUUCGUGUAGAGAUUUUCAAGAUUUUUUCGAUUUUUUUUUUUUUGAACAGAUGCAUUGUUUUAUCUAAAUAACAUUAUUGCCUCC